AUGUACGCACGCAGACCCAAAACCCAUCUUAGCCAAAAGUCGCCAACGUUCAAACCAACUGUAGCAAUUAUUACAACAAAUAAACCAAGUUCUCAAAAGCCAACAACGCUGAAGGCAGCUGGGCCAAGUAAAAUAACAAAAAAGACAAGCACUCAGAACCCUUCAACGAUAUAGCCAACUGAUUCAAGUUCUACAACAAUUAACUCAAGUACUUCGAAGUCAACCACCUUGAAGCCGACUCAAAGAAGUUCUCAAAUGCCAUCAACACUGAAGCCAUUUGGACCAAGUAAAACAACAACUAAGCUAAGCACCCAAAAGCUUUCAACGAUUAAGCCAAAAGAACCAAGUACAUCAACAAUUAAGCAAAGUUCUACGAAGCAUUCCACGCUGAAGCCAACUCAAACAAAUAUAACAACAAAUAAACCAAGCACCCAAAAGUCGGCAACGUUCAAACCAACUGUAGCAAGUAUUACAACAAAUAAACCAAGUUCUCAAAAGGCGACAACAACGAAGCCGAGUGAGUCAAGUAAAACAACAAAAAAAACAAGCACCCAAAAGCCUUCAACGAUAAAGCCAACUGAUUCAAGUUCUACAACAAUUAAGUUAAGUACUCCGAAGUCAACCAAGUUGCAUCCAACUCCAACACACAGAACAACAAUUAAGCUAAGCACCCGAAAAUCGAAUACAAUUAAGCCAACAGUAGCAAGUACUACGUUAUUUAAGCCACGUACUCAAAAGGCGACAACGCUGAACCCAACUGAAGCAAGUACAACGACAAUUCAGACAAGUACUCCGAAGUCAACUCAAUCAAAUAAAACAACAAAUAAAUCGGGAACACAAAAUUCGACAACGUUCAAGCCAGGUAAAGCAAGUACAUCAUCAAUUAAACCAAGUUCUCAAAAGCCAACAACACCGAAGCCAAGUGAGCCAAGUAAAACAACAACAAAUCUUUUAACGAUGAAGCCAACUGAACCUGGUACUUCAACAUCCAAGGCAAAUUCUACGCAGCAUUCCACGCUGAGGCCAACUCAAGCAAAUAGAACAACAAAUAAGCCAAGCACCCAAAAGUCGACAACGUUCAAACCAACUGUAGCAAGUAUUAAAACAAAUAAACCAAGUUCUCAAAAGGCAACAUCGCUGAAGCCAACUGAGCCAAGUAAAACAACAACAAAGACAAGCACCCAAAAGCCUUCAACGAUAAAACCAACUGAUUCAAGUUCUACAAUAAUUAAGACAAGUACUCCGAAGUCUACCACCCUCAAGCCGACUCAAAGAAGUUCUCAAAAGCCAUCAACACCGAUGCCUAUUGGGCCAAGUAAAACAACAAUUAUGCUAAGCACCCAAAAGCUUUCAACGAUUAAGCCAUCUGAACCUAGUACUUCAACAACUAUGCCAAGUUCUACGAAGCAUUCCUCGCAGAAGCCAACUCAAACAAAUAGAACAACAAAUACGCCAAGCACCCAAAACUCGACAACGUUCAAACAAACUGUAGCAAGUAUUACAACAAAUAAACCAAGUUCUCAAAGGCCAAGAACGCCAAAGCCAAGUGAGCCAAGUAAAACAACAAAAAAGCCAAGCACCAAAAAACCUUCAACUGAUUCAAGUUCUACAACAAUUAAGUCAAGUGCUCCGAAGUCAACCACGUUGAAGCCAACUCAAACAAUCAGAUCAACAAAUAUGCCAAGCACUCAAAAGUCUACAACGUUCAAGCCAUCAACUUUACCACCUUUUAAUGUUUUUUAGGUGGGACUUCGCGCGAAUCGAUCGCUCUUAAGAUCCACUUGUGUGCUGUCUAUCAAAAAUGUAACUUGACCGAAAUCUAGAAAACUUUAUUUGAGUUACACUUAAAUACAAGUAUUCUUAGAUAAUUUUAAAACAGCUUUGUU